CUGAGAAAUGAUACUUUUCUGGGACAUAUUUGUUUGAAAUAUAUUAGUAAAGUUUAUGAAUUAUGAGUUAAAGCUAUUAUUAUUAACCUUCCCACACGGAAGAGAUAUGGAUGUUGUGUUAUUAAAAAGAAAGCGAUACAUCAUGUAUAGUUUUGAAGGAGAUUAUAGACGUAAACCACAACAAAAUUUAGCAGGUGCAAGUAGAAGAGAUGAAAAGUCAGUUUUAUUGCAGCAUGCUCAAUUAGAACGUUUAAAACGAGAACACCACCGUAAAAGACACAAUGCAGCAUUGAAAAUUCAGGCACUUGUACGUGGCUUUAUUGUGAGGAAGCAUAUGAAGAUAACUAUAAGAAAAGAAUUUGAUGAAGGACAACAAAUUAGUGGCAGAAGAAAUCUGAACCUAGAUGAAUUAAUGAUAUAUUUUCAAAAAUUAUUAUUCUUUUAUAAUCACAAUUUGGAUGCUAGCAGAUUAGUUUGGACACUUCAACAUUUUCUGAAACAUCAACAAGAAAUUCAACAGAAAUGCGUAAAUUGUCAAGAAUGGUUAUGGAGACUAAGAUGGAUUCUUCGCAUGUGCAUGCAACACAAUUCUGAAGCUUUAAUGAAUGGAACUUAUUCAUUGGCUAUACCAUUGAGAGCACUAGAGACAUUUACAAGUCGAAAAGAUACAGAAAAAAUUUUAUUUGAAAAUAGUUACAAAUAUUUAGAAAACAUCUUUGCUUACUUGAUAAAGCACAAAUAUUUUGAUCUAUUAAGGAAAUUAAUAGAUAAUAAAGUCCCAUCUAUGUUGGAAACAACUUCUGUUGCACCAACUCCAAUAUCAAAGUGUUUAGAGGAUAUGAUUAAACAACCAUUAGAGUUAAUUUCUUUUCUAGAACAAGAAGACAAUUUCUCUAUGCUCGUUUUACAAGAACUUUGCAAAAGUAUACUAUCCCCAAAAAUGUCUGACCCUAUUCGAAUGUUUAUCAUUCCAUCAUUAUCCGAAUUUAUAGAAUUUCCGUAUACUCAACUAAUUAAAUGUAUCAAUACAAUGGAAAUAGAACCUACAAUUAGUUUGCUCUAUUCUGUUUUAUUUUUGGAAUCAAGUCGACAUGCUACAUGCAAAUCUAAAGAUGUUCUCAUUAGUUACUUACAAGUUCUUGCACCUAUGAGUUCAACGAUAAUACCGUUGACCAUAGAAGAGAACAUAGAACAAGCGGAUGAUUCGGAUUCGGAAUCAAAUGCAAAUAUGAUCGAUCAAGAGCAAGCUGAUAUUUUACAUAAAUGCAUAGAAAUGCUGAAUGAACAGCAACGUGUUCAGGGAAUACUCCUGGCGGUGGAUCGAAGCAAAGAUCCAGCUGUAUUGCAACCGUUGUGCCAACUCUGUCACCAUCUUUUAAUCACCAACAAAUUAGCCAUUCAUAAAUAUAAAUUGUUAUAUAUGCUUGCUUUUAAGCCAGCAUUUUUAAAGAAUUUAUGGACCACUCUAUUAUCAAUUUGUCAAAUAUCAUUAUUUGGUGGAUCAACGCCUUUUCUACAAAUCAUAUCACGGGGAAUUAGUCUUUCUGCCGAGGACACGAAAAAAAUAGUUCCACUGUUAGCCGUAUUUUGUUCGUUGUUUAGUCUACUUAUUGCUACGUUACACGACACCGAAUUUUUUAUCCCAGCAAUCGAACAAUCAUUAGACACAAACGGACAACAAGCGAUGCCAUUUACAACCUCAGAAUUAGUAUUGCUAUCGAGCCACUUGAAAGGCGUUUGCUUAGGUUUGGUCGAACUUGCGUUCCCCGAUAGCCGACCGACCGUACGAGACGAUUAUAAGAAUGCUGUUCUUGACCCCUCGUGUUCUCUACAAAAUCAGCAGGAUACGCAUAUGUGGACUCACUUGUUCAAAGUAACAGCCGGUUUAUUACGACAAUUACAUGUGCGGGACUUGAGACGACAAUUUUGUCCAGAGGGGCACUGGAUAGCUUCGAACAUCGUAAUACCAAUCGACAAGCCUCAAGAUUUCACAUUUCGCAGACGAAGAUUAAGGGGAUACAUUCCCUUCCAGGGACUUCGAGUAUUUACUCGUGAAGGGCUUGAAGAAGGACCGCCGCUUUCUGCGAAGGAAGUUCGAACGUUGACGCUCCUUCGUGAAAUACCAUUUGUCGUACCGUUUAACGAUCGCGUGGUGGUAUUUCAAACGUUGAUUUUUCGAGACAAAACGGAACAGCAAGGUGAAUUGACGCACUUCAUGCAAGGACCAUCGAUACAAAUAUCGGUAAGAAGAAACUAUUUGUACGAGGACGCGUUUGAGAAAUUAUCACCGGAAAACGAGCCAGAAUUACGAUUAAAAAUGCGCGUACAGCUUUUUAAUACAGCUGGUUUAGAAGAAGCUGGUGUAGACGGUGGUGGUCUGUUCAGAGAAUUUUUAUCAGAAUUAUUAAAAACGAGCUUCGACCCUAACAGAGGCUUUUUCAGGCUCACCAAGGAUAACAUGCUGUAUCCGAAUCCCACAGUACAAUUAUUGGUUGACGAUUUCCCAAAGCAUUAUUAUUUUAUCGGUAGAAUUCUUGGGAAAGCUUUGUACGAGAAUUUAUUAGUCGAACUUCCGUUCGCUGAAUUUUUUCUAUCAAAAAUCGUUGGCCGUCAAUCGGAUGUUGACGUUCAUCAUUUAGCUUCAUUAGAUCCAAUUAUGUAUAGGAAUCUUUUAUACCUAAAAAGCUACAAAAGCGAUGUUACGGAUCUUGGUUUGGACUUCACCGUAUUGUCGAACGAGCUAGGUGAACGUCGAAUUGACGAAUUAAAACCAGGUGGUGGCAAUAUUUCCGUCACCAAUCACAAUCGUAUCGAAUAUAUUCAUUUGAUGGCCGAUUAUAAAUUGAAUAAGCAGAUUAGAGCGCAGUGUUAUGCUUUCAAGCAAGGUAUCGGUAGUGUAAUUCCCUUGGACUGGCUCCAAAUGUUCAAUAACAAAGAGCUGCAAGUUUUGAUAUCGGGUGCACAGAUUCCUGUCGACGUGAAUGACUUAAAAUUACACACUAACUACACAGGAGGAUAUGCCGCCGAUCAUCCGACAAUCACUGCAUUUUGGAAAGUUGUUAAUGAGUUUAACGAUAAUCAAAAGGGACAGUUACUUAAGUUCGUUACGAGCUGUAGUCGACCGCCUUUACUUGGAUUUAAGGAACUCGAUCCACCUUUUUGCAUUCAGCAUGCUGGCAGUGUAGAUCGCUUGCCGACUUCCAGUACCUGUAUGAAUCUGCUAAAGCUCCCAGAGUUUCCGGAUGAGAAAACUCUACGUGAAAAACUUUUAUACGCGAUCCAAGCUGGUGCAGGUUUUGAAUUGAGUUAA